CCGCCCAUUCCACAGCCGUCCGUGGAGGAAGUGAUGGGGACUGUGCUCGACCCUUCACAAUGGAUGGCUGAAGUACGUGAGCUGGUGACGGUAUUGCGCAACGUGCAGGCCACUCGCUACUUGAGUGCUGCCGGUCUUGUUGUUUUACUAUGGGAUCACCUCCUCACGUUCGAGGAUGAAGUCGAGUUCGUUUGGAAAGCGGAGUGGGCUGUGCCAAAAGUUCUGUUUCUGGGCCUUCGUUAUAUUGUUCCUGUUAUGCUUAUCAUCAAUACAUACCAAAUGAGUGGGCUGGUCACUCAUCACCUUUCUGACACGGUUUGUAAGGUGUGGCUGAGCCUGGCCAUCUACAUGGGCAUGAUCAGCAUCGCUAUUGGCAACUUCCUGGUGUUGCUUAGGCUGUGGAUCCUCUGGGACCGGAAACGGGCGCUGGUCUACUCCACGCUCCUUAUUUUUGUUCUAACUCAACUCGCGGCGAUCGGUACCAUGACAGCCAUGGUCGUUCGCCUUCUCCCUGUCCUAUACUUCGACGAACUCAUUGAUAUGUGCGCCCUUGGGACGAAGAUCAAUGUCCUGUGGCUCUGGCUUCCAGGGAUUAUCUUCGAGGUUAUGGUGUUCACGACAGUGUGCUGGAAUGCCAUAGACAGACCAACAUCAGCGCAUACUCCUGUUAUGAAAGCCUUGUACCGCGAUGGGUUCGGUUACUUCGCUGCAUUGACGCUCCUUAGGGUUUUCAACCUGACGCUUGCAAUUAUUGCACCGGUUUCGCUGAUGUUUCUAGGCGUCUUCUUCAUCUGGUCUGCGACGAACAUAACCGUGACCCGCCUCAUCCUCAACUCCCGCAAGCUGAGCAUGCUAGCGAGAAAGGCAGAGGACGACGCCCAGACUGACGAUAUGCAAGACGACAGCGACGACAGCGUACGACUGCGGCGAUACAGCACCGAAGAUGGUAUUCGGAUAGUCAGGGUGGAGACAAGGUCGUGCGAGGAGUACGAGCUUCAUUGACUUGCAGGUGUAUAUGUAGGAAUGUGUUGUACUGUGAUGAUUCUCGUCUGGACGAGGAGUUAUGCAUCCCUUCUUUCGUGACCGGAUAAUCUAGGACCUCCCGAGGA